GUGUACAUUUUAAAUUGUUACAUUUUUGUUGAGAUUUAAUUGACAAAAAUGGAAUUUCAUCGUAACGAUGCCAUGCUCAUGGAGAUUCUGCAAGAUCGAAAGACCAUCGUGGGAUUCCUAGACUCCAUCUUUGGUUUUCUGCGUCGCAACACCGACUUUUAUCACACAAAAAAGGAUGAGGCUGACAAAAUUGGAUUUCCCAAAGGCAUGCGGGACCAGAUACUCUAUGGAGCAAUGCAGCGCUAUGACCCGGACUGCGCUCUUCAAGCAAUGAACGACGAGAGUGAAAUGCCAGUGCCGCCGGCUGUGCAGGAAAUUAUUGUGGAGAGCAGUGAUGCACCCAAAAGUGAGGCUGCUACUCUACUGAAGUCUGCUUUUUCCCCCAUUGACUACAAGAAUGGAGCUGCCUUUGCCAGCCAUUGCUGGUCGCAGACGUUAAAGGAUCUGGAAGUGCAAGUGCUGCUGCCCGAGGAGCUAAAAACAUCUAAAAAUUUGAACAUAGAAAUCAGAGCUCAAAGUCUUCGAGUGAGCAGCAAACAGAAUGCAGGGCACGUGCUUAUAGAGGGAAAUCUCAGCCAGCGGAUCAAGCACAACGAAGCCUUGUGGACCAUUGACCACAACAUGCUGCACAUCAGUUGUGACAAGUCCAAGGAGCUGUGGUGGGAUCGACUCUUUGAGGCUGACGCCGAAAUUGAUACAAAGAAAAUUGACUGCGAGCGCUACAUAGACGAGCUUCCCGACGACACACAGGCGACCAUACAGAAGCUGCGAGUGCAACAGUUGGAGGCUGAUAAGAGGCAGAGUCAGCUGCAGGCUGCCAAUCCGGAACAGGCCAAGACCAUGGAGCGCUUACGCGUUGCCUGGGACGCUGAGGGUUCACCAUUCAAGGGGCAACCAUUUGAUCCAUCCAUUGUGAGGAUGAGUUAGUCUUUAAUGUGUUAAUAUAAGUACUAGAGCUAAAUGAGAA